UUCGUUUGCCUACCCGUUUCCGGCUGCAAAAUUCCACCGCCGUAUUCCGAAUCCUUCUCUUUUUCUCCAAGGUUCUCUCCGACGCUCUCCCCCAUUCAACCCUCGGGACUCGAUCUGUGUUCUUGGUCAUCUCCAAUGGCUGCCGCGAGGGUCAACGCAUCGGUGCUGCAUGGGGCCAGGGAUUUGCGCCUGGAGCAACGGGAGCUGCCCGCGCCAGGUGCUGACGACGUCCAAGUGGCCGUCAAGGCAACCGGGCUCUGCGGCUCAGAUCUCCACUACUUCAACCACUUCCGCAACGGCGACAUCUUGGUGCGCGAGCCCCUGACGCUGGGCCACGAAUCGGCCGGCGUCGUCACCGCGGUGGGGUCCGGCGUCACUUCGCUCCGGGUUGGGGACCACGUCGCGCUCGAGGUCGGCCAGCCAUGUGAGCAGUGUGAGCUGUGCCGCGAGGGUCGGUACAACAUCUGCAGGGAGAUGAAGUUCCGGAGCUCGGCGAAGGCGUAUCCCCAUGCCCAAGGUACCCUUCAGGAGCGCAUCACCCACCCGGCGAGGUGGUGCCACAAACUUCCGUCGGAGGUGUCCCUCGAGCUGGGCGCACUCGUUGAGCCCCUAUCCGUGGCCCUCCACGCCUCGGACCGGGCACGCCUUGCGCCUGGCUCCACAGUCCUGGUAUUUGGCGCCGGCACCGUUGGUCUGCUGUGUGCCGCCAUCAGCAGGGUCGUCAGCGACGCGAAGGUGGUCAUUGCCGACAUCCAGGCAGACCGGGUCAAGUUUGCUGUCGACAACGGGUUCGCCGACGCCGCCGUUGUCGUGCCCAUGAAGCGGCCGGACACUGUCGAAGCGAAGCUCGAGUUCGCAAGGGAGGUGGCCGCGGCUGUCAAGUCGACCAGCCUGAACGGCCGGCUCCUCGGCGAGGUAUCCGCGACGUACGAGUGCACCGGCGUAGAGACCUGUCUGCAGGCCUCCAUCUAUGCCACGGCCCCCGGCGGCCGCAUCAUGCUCAUCGGCAUGGGCAACCCCAUCCAGACGCUGCCCAUCUCGGCAGCCGCCCUGCGCGAGGUCGACCUCGUGGGCGUCUUCCGCUAUGCCAACACGUAUCCGCGCGUGAUCGAGCUGCUGGCCAGCGGAAACCCGCGGCUCCCGGAUUUCACCAAGCUGAUCACGCAGCGGUAUGCCGGCAUGGAGAACAUCCCGAAGGCGUUUGACAUGGCUGCGAGGGUGAAGGAUGACGAAGGCAACCUGGUGCUGAAGGUCAUGGUUGACAUGUAACGGAGGCCUUACCAACCCCCCUGGUGGGGCUCGUUCGCAGCAUAGAUCUUCCUAUCCUUGGUUACCGGACUUACUGUGUAAAGCUGCACAUGUA